GGAAGCGGGGCCGCGGCUGGGCCGGGUGAGGGCGGACGAAGCUGCUGCGCGCUCGGCUGCAGCCGCCCCGCCGCAGCUCGGCACGCGGGCGCGCCCUGACCCUUCCUCCCUGGCCAGGCCCGCGGUGCGGACCGUUCGGCGUCCGGGGGCCGCGAACUCCACGGCCUCGACUGGGCAGGCCGCCGAUCUCCCGCCCCUGGCCCGAGUGCGAGUCCGCCGGGACCCGGCCGCCGCCGAGCGCGGGCGCCACGGGAGCGGCGGCGCCGAGGACGCGCCCCGGGCUCGGAAGCACAGCCCUGCGCGGCCGCCUCGUCCUCUGCAGCCGAGCGGCGGAUGAUCUUUUAAAGAAUUAUUGAAGAGGAAAUUUUUUUAUUUUUGUGUUUUGUUUGUUUUUUAAUGGCUUUUCAGAAUUUUAAAACGAAUACAAUUUGACAUGACGGCAAAAAAUGUUGGUUUGAGUUCCACAAAUGCAGAACUAAGAGGAUUUAUAGAUCAGAAUCUCAGUCCAACAAAAGUUAUAAAUUUGAAGAUAUGUUCUCAUGUGAAAAUCCUUCCGGACACAUUUAAAUUUUUUGGCAAAACAAGUAACAUUUCAUUUGUUGCGUUUCCAGUUUCCAGCACCAACUCACCAACAAAGAUUUUACCAAAAACCUUAGGACCAAUAAAUGUGAAUGUUGGACCCCAAAUGAUUAUAAGUACACCACAGAGGCUAACCAGUUCAGGAAGUGUUCUGAUUGGGAGUCCAUACACCCCUGCACCAGCAAUGGUUACUCAGACACACAUAGCAGAAGCUGCUGGCUGGGUCCCAGGUGAUAGGAAACGGGCUAGAGAAUUUAUAGACUCUGAUUUUUCAGAAAGUAAAAGAAGCAAGAAAGGAGAUAAAAAUGGAAAAGGCUUGAGACAUUUUUCAAUGAAAGUGUGUGAGAAAGUUCAGCGGAAAGGUACAACGUCAUAUAAUGAAGUAGCUGAUGAGCUGGUAUCGGAGUUCACCAAUUCGAAUAACCAUUUGGCAGCUGAUUCGCAGGCUUAUGACCAGAAGAACAUUAGGCGAAGAGUUUAUGAUGCUUUAAAUGUGCUAAUGGCAAUGAACAUAAUUUCAAAGGAAAAAAAGGAAAUUAAGUGGAUUGGCCUGCCCACGAAUUCUGCUCAGGAAUGUCAAAACCUGGAGAUAGAGAAGCAGAGGCGGAUAGAACGGAUAAAGCAGAAACGGGCCCAGCUGCAAGAACUUCUCCUGCAGCAAAUCGCUUUCAAAAACCUGGUGCAGAGAAAUCGGCAAAAUGAACAGCAGAACCAGGGCCCUCCAGCUCUGAACUCCACCAUUCAGCUGCCAUUUAUAAUCAUCAACACAAGCAGGAAAACAGUCAUAGAUUGCAGCAUCUCCAGUGACAAGUUUGAAUAUCUUUUCAAUUUUGACAACACCUUUGAGAUCCAUGAUGACAUAGAGGUCCUGAAGCGGAUGGGGAUGUCCUUCGGGCUGGAGUCAGGCAAAUGCUCUCUGGAGGAUCUGAAACUGGCUAAGUCACUGGUGCCAAAGGCUUUAGAAGGUUACGUCACAGAUAUCUCCACAGGACCCGCCUGGUUAAAUCAGGGACUACUCUUGAACUCUACCCAGUCAGUUUCAAAUUUAGACCUGACCACUGGUGCCACCUUGUCCCAAUCAAGUGUAAACCAAGGGUUGUGCUUGGAUGCUGAAGUGGCCUUAGCAACGGGGCAGUUCCUUGCCCCAAACAGUCACCAGUCCAGCAGUGCGGCCUCUCACUGCUCUGAGUCGCGAGGUGAGACCCCCUGUUCGUUCAACGACGAAGACGAGGAAGAUGACGAGGAGGAUUCCUCCUCCCCAGAAUAAAGACAGGAGAAAACCCACGUUUUAGUAUUUGAUGCUCAUGUGUGUUUGUAGUGUGAGCUCUUGUUUUUGAAAUGACUGCUUCAGUCCUUGCCUCUGUUUGCGCUGUGUGUUCAGUGAAAACUAGGGAAACACAAUAAGCAAAUCACACGAAGGCUGAGAUGAUAGAGGUGGAAGUUAACGUAGUGUGAAUGGGAACUCUGAACAACAGAGCGUGCGAUCACACCACGGACGAGGUGUGUUUUCUGAGGGGAUGGAGGGAAUAGUCCCUGAAGAACUGGCAGCGUGAAUGAAGCUCAGUUCUCUCCCUGAGGCGGGAUCUGUGUGUUGCCCCACGUGUCACCCUCUGUAGGAUUCCGAUUGCUACAGCGGACACUUCCUGAUGGGCUGCUCCCUCGCGUUUCUCUCCCUUGCCUGGCUGCCUUUUAUGAGGCCGAGGGGAACCUGGGAAGUUCCUAGUGGGGAGAGUUGUACAGUGAGGGGUGUAGAUGGCAGUCCUUCUGGCCUAAGGAGCGCAGAUUAAACUGCUGAACUAGUUGAAAGUCUAGUUGAGGUGCUUUACGCAUCAGCUGCCUUAGACGGCUUCUAGAAAGGAGCGAGCGCUACUUCUUAAGUACUUAAGUGACAUUUAGAAUAAUUUAUAGUAAAACUGAAAUGAUCAUUAUUAGCCAAUGCAGUGGUGCAUAGAAUUUUCUAGGGCUACGUAUGGAAGCCAAAAUAGAAUAGCAUUUCCAUGUGCAUUAAAUACUUUGCCAGCACUGCCUUUCGCCAGCAUUCUAAAUCUGGAGUUUUACAGAGAGGGAACUUGUAUCUAUAGUUUUAAUCAAAGCUAUGCAUUUCAUACAGCUUUAUCAUUUAAAACAAAACAAAGAAACAAAUUCCUAUGACCGAAUUGCUUGCUUACGGUUCCCUGCAGUAAUUGUAUUUCACCCAGUGUGCAAUUUGUGAAAAUGAACCAAAUGUCAUUACUUUUGUCUUAAAAGAAAAGUCUAUUUCAAGAACCUGAACAGCAAUGUUUUCCUGUACAUGUCACCUUUUGUACAUUUUCGUUAAUCAAAAUGACCUUAUUGGGUUUAUUCCUGGAUAAAUUGCAUUUCAAACUAACUUGAUAGUCAGUGUUUCACAAAAACACCAAAAAAUGUUGAACACUCCAAAUGAUUGGAUUUGUAGUAGCGCAGGAUAUAGUGUGUUAUUUCAUAGCCAAAGAUGCCGCUAGGAACACUGCGGUGGUGUGUCCACAGUUGCUGCUCCUCUGAACGGAGGAGGGUGGAGACACCUGCCGUGGCCAACCGCAACUUAAUUUCACAGGAAGGCCUUGAAAGGAGCAAAUAGUAAUGGAAAGCUAAUCUGGAUCUUUGACUUGAAUCAUUUGGCUUUGCCCCUAGAUUAUGCAGCCAGCAUCUGUGGGCCCAGCCCUGAGCUCGGCCCCACUUGGUUCUUUUCUAAGUCCCAUGGGGAAAGCGUGGGUGCCUUAUGAUGCCUUUUCAAAGCUCUGCCGCUCUGCUGACAGUGAGCUGGAGGUGAAAGGUUUGGCUGACCUAAAAUUUUUCUUAGGGUCAUAAAACUAAUACACAAGAACAUACAACUUUUACUUAAGUUCCUUUGAGACAAAACUCAUUCGGUCAGAAAUAAGCCAUGGUGCAGACCCAGAGUGCUCAAAGGGCAGAGGGAGGGCAGUUUUUGGAGAAUUCUGUCUCAGCCCGAGUUCUGGGGCACACCUCUCAGCUGGGCAGAUGGGAGGGGUCCGAAACACUGCAGAGGCUGCAGCGGGUCCCCAGGGGCCUCAGGGGACAUUUCUGAUGGGAGAGUGACAGCUGCAGUCAGGUAAAACCGGAUUCCCUUCCCAACUGUCCUCCCGAGGCUUCCCCUUUCUUUACUGACCGCCGCCUUUCCUCAUGCCUCUACCUGAGGGGGCCUGGCAGGGAGCUGGAGAGGCCAACGGACAGCCCCUUAGUGUUCAGAGUGCUGUGCUGCAGGUCCGUCACUCGUGACAGGCACGUCCACCCUGACCUUCCUCUGCAGAAGGGCCGGUCCUCGCUGGCCGUCUGGGGCGGCUGCCCCCCCCCUCCCCGGGAUAGUGCUUCGAAUGGACAAAAGCAACCAAAGACUCAUCAUUCCUGGGGCCCCAUUGUUGGCCGUCCCAGCCACGGGUGUGUGGCGUUUGGAGGGAAAUGGCCUCCGUUCCUCAGUAGCGUGUUUGGGUUGCUGCUGAGGACUUCUAGAAGAGUCGCACUGUGGUCACCAGGCACAUCGCUGGUGUAAAGCCUUACCCGAGCAGACAACUAGGUUGAGAUGUCUAGAAAGAUAAAUCCUGUUAUUCUUCUGCAUCUCCCCUAAACAGAUUUAUCUGUGUCUAAACUUCAGCACUCAAAAUUUCAUAUAGAAAUCAACGUGAAAAGAUGUUAGGAAAUUGUGGUUACGACAUCCAGGCUUCUUUCUAGGAGUAGCACUUGGGGUUACUUGCAUGUGCACACACAUGGGGUGACAGGCACGCACACACGGACACACACAGACACCCCUCCCAGAGGGUGCUGGUCACACUCUGCUUUGGGGAGUUCAGGAGACCUUCCCCCCCCCCCCCCCAGGCCCGUUUGGCUGUUGCCCUCUCAGGUGCGUAGCACUCUCAGUCAGUGAAUUCUGGCUCCAUUUGGCACUUGCGCAGGUGGCACCAGGCCUGUGUUACCUGACUCCUAAGCGGCGAGGGGAACCCUGCAGGGUCCAUGGCCGUGCCCAGGGCACCCAGGCUCCCCUCACCCUUCCCCGCUGAGGCUCUGUCUCUUCCACUUCCUCUCUUCCUGUGACGGCAGGGCGUGGGAGCAGCCUCAGUGAGCACAGGGCUAAAGGGUGCCUCACACAAUGGAGGACUUCGGGAGGGGCAAGAAGGAAGUGCCACCAGGGAGCCCUCCCCUCAGCGCUGCCCGCUGCCCUUGGAAGACUACAGACGACCGCCACAUGUCCUCUUUCCUUCAGUUGGAUUCUGUAUACAAGCGGUGGGGAGGACUCUGUCGUUUCUGCUAUUUUACCAGGAUAAAAGAGGAUGACUCCCCUCGUUAGCAGAGUUUGCAGUUGUAACCAUACUCUGCCAGACUUGAAAAAUAACGUGAGUCAGUCUUCAAACACAAAUUAGCCCCAUCAGAUCAUUCCAAGGGAGCUAGUUCACAAGGGAGGGGCUCUGUCUGUCUGCCGCACAGUCGCCUGUGAGUCGUGCAGUCAUCUUAAGUCGGCUGUUUGCUACCUCGCGACUCUGGGCGACUUGGGUUGUAGAGACAGUGGAGUUGCCCCAGGUGCAGAUGAGACUCAGGCCCUGUGACGUCAGAACAUAGUGGGGUGGGUGUUGGUGGGGGCAGGGUUAGCAAAGGCGGGGAAGGCCUCAUCUCCUCCCAGAACCACUAGCAGAGAGGCCUGUGAGCUUCCUCAGUGGCUCACCUCAAGGGCCCUUUGAAUCCCUCUCCCUCCCUCCCCUCGGGCUGAUGAAAGGAGCACCCUUCCCACAGCUGGGAGCUAGACCCCAGGACUGACUGCAGGCGGGGUUGGACAGUGAGUGUGGAGUUAGUCCGUCAGUGUUUGAGUGAAUACAGGACAGAAAACACUCAGAUUGACUAGUGCUACGGAGAAAACGACAGGGUGAUGAGACAGUGGAGGAAAGGCUGCUUUGUCUGGAGGUGGCCAGGGAAGGCCCUGAGAAAGUGGCAUUUGUCCUAAGUCAGAUAAUUGACAGAUAGAUGGCUGUCCCCUGCCACGCACUUGGAGUGUCAGUUCCAAGGCUGCCCUGUUCCAGUUUUAAGCAUACAUUUUGGAGUCAGCUAAAGAAUUUUUAAGAUUUAAAAGAAAACCAAGCUUAGCUGCAGGUAGCGUCCGUAAACCAAGAGAAGAUUCUGACUACCCAUGAAGUUCUCAUUAUUGGCUUCGUUGCCUUCCAUAAAAAAGUAAUCGCUUUUCUAGGUGUUUUCUUCUAGUUUUACAAGUUGUUGGAUACAUAGAGAUCUACUUUUUAUAUAGAUACAUAAAACAUAAUCUUUUAUUCUGCAUGUGGUCUGGCGUUAGUGGGAUGAAAGACUACUUAUGGCUCAUUUUCCCAAAUAGCUUCCCCAUUUUCAUGCACCCAAAGCAAUGUCCCCAAGCGCUGAUGAUCGUGAUAUCUGUUUAUUGAAGACCCUCUGUGUGCCAGGGGCCUGCACCCUGCUGUGCGAGUCACCCCGAGAUGUGCCUCUCUGCCUCCAGUUCACUGUCAGUCCAGUGUUCAGUUCCUUAACUUCCACUCAAGCCGAACACUGUUACUCAAAAGGAAGAAGACUGACGUUUGCUUAAGAUUUUACCUUUAAAAAAGUUCAAGCCUAACGUCCACCUAAAUUAUAACAUUUCUCAGGAAUUAACCCCUUUACAUAACCAAGAUCUCUCUGAAAAGUUAUGUUUGGAUAAGCUUUGAGAUCGAAUUUUCCCACAGUCACGCUCUGCUAAGGAAGAAAAAGUGAAGGACACAAAACUUAGAGCAUGCAGUUCCGCCCCAGGAGUCCCUGACGAGUACAGGAGCUUAAACGGUGGCAGAUGUCCGUUCGGCUGGUGUGGACACAGGAGGAAAUGUAUUCGUGUAGGAUGUGUAUUCUGUGCAGCUCCUCUCAGGCAAGGUAAAAUCGUGCAUGGUUCUUAGAUAGUCUUGGCUUUACAAAAAGGCCUGGAGGGUGCAGUGCCAUCUUGACCCCUUGCUGUUCCAGCAGAUGGGACUCUGGUCCUGCCUGCCUCUAGCUGCAUUGGAAGCAGAAUGUGGCUGAAAUGUAGGGGCGGCUCUCACCCCUUCUCCGCCACAGGCCUCGGGAUGGGAGAGAACAUCUCUUCCACUCCACUCAUUUAAAACGACUCUGCCUCCUGAAAUCCACGCCCUCAGCACAGUCCCUCCAGAUGCGUUUGGAUUAGCAUCAGCCAAGGAGCAGAGAUGGGACUCCACUCAUGAGUCCCAGCCUGAGGCUGUGGGGUCAGCUUCGGGCCGCUCUCAACUCAGAAGCCCCCACGUGUGGACAGUCACACCUGGGAAGAAACUCUGUCCUCCACGGGCGAGGACUGUUGUGCACACUGGUCACUGGGUGGGUGGCGCGGAGCUUGAGAGGUUCAGUUACCAGCUGACCCAUCUGUACACGUUAGCUCGUUUCUGGCCAUGUCUGUCUCGACACAGAAACUUCCCCAGAUCAUGUUUGGGUUUUAAAACCCAUCACUUUGUCACUUCAGUCUCACCAUUUUGUGACUUACCCUGCCUCAUCUUCAACAUGCCAGGCACAGUUUAAUAACAAAUGAUCUCAUGAUUUUGCUUGAUCACAACUGGGGUCAAAGAUGUUUUCAUACCAAAAGGUCACUGAGGACCCAGAUACUUUGCGCUAAAAGGCUUCUCUGAGCACGCUGCAGUUCUCUCUUUCCCAGUAGUAACAUGAUAGGUUCAGUCCUUCAGAGUCCUGACAACUGGAACUGCCAAGUAGCCAACUGCACUGGCUGCUCAGGAGGCCCGAGCUCUUCGGACUGCAGUGUAACGCUGAAGGUCCCCGAGGUCCUUUGUGUCCCACCACACUUGACUUGUGGAUGAAAAGAGAAAGGCUGUGAGCCCAAAUCACCAGUUUGUUCACCUUUUCGUUUAGAGAUGCUUUACUCUGAUCAUGUGCUGUUAGGUGUUAUUUCCAGAAAAUAUAGUUUUGCUUCUUUCUGCAUGAAGGAACCAUCCUGGUGCCACAUGCUUUAACCAGUUUAAACAAGAGAAAGAAGGGGAAAAUGCAAACACCACAUCCGACUUGCCUAACGUAGCCUCGAUUAGAUUGAAGUCCCGAACCUAAUAUGAUGUAUUAUUUUGUAGCAACUCAAACUUUGUAAAUAAAUACCAUUAUUUUUAUACGGAAAUUUUAUAGAAGAGCUAUUUCUGUAUACUUAAUUAUUCCUGGAUUUUCUGAAAUUGCUUCCAGUAGAUAAUGGACAAGUCCUAAGCAGUGUUCCUCUAAGGAUGGUUCAAAGACCACCUGCAGCAGAGUUGACGAGGAGAGUUUUAAAGUUUUGCAUCCCGCCCCAGACACUCAGAAGCUCUGGGAGGGGGGCCUGGGAAGCUGCAUUUUUAAUAAACUCUAAGGGAUGUCUUUUGUCUGUUGAAGUGUGAGUACCUUUGUCCAUCCUGUAAGAUUAAAAGAAGGAAAGGAAAAAAGCAUCUGAAAUGAGUAUAAGUUGUGCUUGGAGAAAAAUGUAUCAGACUGUUCUAAGAUUUGAAUGAGAUGUACUAUAGAAAAAAAUAAAUAAUUUAAAAUAA